CACAUCUACAGUCUCUUUCCAAAAGAGAGGAACAGGGAAGAGACAAGGAUGGAAAAAGUUCUUCUGAUCAUCAUCGCUCUUUCAGGGCUGAGCGCUGUCUCCUCACAUGCUGAACGUCAGUACCAUUUUGUUUCUGAAGCAAAGACCAUGUCUGAAGCACAGAGAUACUGCAGAGAGAAACACACAGACCUGGCCACUGUAGACAGCAUGGAGGUUGUGGAGCUCCUGAACAACAUGGCAGGCCAAUACAACCAAUCAGCCUGGAUAGGGCUGCACGAUGACCGGGACACCUGGAGGUGGUCGAUGUCAGACCCAAGCUUCUACGGACCGGGGGAGACGGAGUUCAGACCAUGGGGGACUGGACAACCAAGCAACUGUCAGGCUGUAUGUUGUGGUGCCUCUACUCAGCUUCUCUGGGGUCCAUUUUCAGGGCCGAAUGCAACAUUUGUCCUCAUCAACAGCGCAAUGACAUGGCCUGAGGCCCAGAGCUACUGCAGAGAACACCACACAGACCUGGCCAGUGUGAGAAACCUGACAGAGAACCAGCAGAUUGUUGAGCUGGUAUCUGGAGGGAAUCAUCGUUAUUGGAUCGGCCUCUACAGAGACUCCUGGAAGUGGUCCGAUGGAAGCAACUCCUCCUUCAAGUACUGGAAAGUAAAUCAACCUAACUACGUAGGUCUCAAAGCUUGUGUGGCUGCAGCUUUCGACAACUCUGGAGAAUGGGAGGACUUGGACUGUGGAGUGAAGAAACCAUUCAUUUGCUACGGACCUGUGCCUGUUGUGCCUGUUUCAAUGAAAGUGAUAAAGGUGAGCGUGGAGAACCCAAACGGUGUGGAUCUGAACGACCCCGCUUUUCUGUAUGCGAUGUUGGUGGAGGCGAAAAAGAAGCUAAGGGCCCAGGGAUUGGACGACAACGUCCAACUGGUCUGGAGGAAGCAGCCGGAUGGACAAGUCUUCCACAAGGAGGAGGAGGAGAAGAAGAGGGAUGAAUCACCAACUCCCAAGUCAGCCUGGAAAGGGCUGUAUGAGGACGUGGUCACCUGGAGGUGGUCACUGUCAGACCCAAGCUUCUACAAACCGGGGGAGAUGGAGUUCAGACAUGGGGGACCGAAUGUGAUAUUUCUCUCCACUGAUGGUGUAAUGACAUGGACUGAGGCCCAGAGCUACUGCAGAGAACACCACACAGACCUGGCCAGUGUGAGAAACCCGGCGGAGGAGCAGCAGAUUGUUGAGCUGUUACCUGGAGGAAUAUAUUGGAUUGGCCUUUACAGAGACUCCUGGAAGUGGUCCGAUGGAAGUUUCUCCUCCUUCAAGUACUGGGCAGUAAAUGAACCUAAACACAGAGCUUUUAAGGUUUGUGUGGCUGCAGCUUUCCAUGACUCUGGAAAAUGGGAGGGCUUGUACUGUGGGUUGAAGAAACCAUUCAUUUGUUAUGGACAAACCUACAAACCUGACGCUCUGUCCCGGCGGUUUGCAGUGGAUCAUGACUCCACAGUUCCUGACACCAUAAUUCCCGCUACCAGGGUGGUGGGUGCUGUGACGUGGGAGAUUGAGAGCUCAGUGAGGAACGAACAGAAAGACCAGCCAGAUCCAGGUAACAGUCCGGAUAACCGUCGUACCUGA